AAUUGAAGUAACUCAUCUUUUUAAAUACCCCUUAAAAUAUUUGCCUCACUUCAAACUGAAAAUGAAAGAAAGAAAGAAAAGAAAGAAUGAGUUUAUUCAUUAGUUUAUUUAGAUACCUACAUCCCCUACAGUUAUGCUAAUUUAGUAAUAUUAUACUUUGUAAUACGAGAGCCUAACUACAAUUUGAUGCAAAUUGAAUUCUUACCAUUGAACGUCUAAGGAGGUCUGAUUUCUCUGCGAGCAAAAAUUGUUUUAACAAAUUCAUAUUUACAAGCGCAUUUGGCAAAUGCAGAUAAUUUUAUACUUGAACAUUGGUCAUUGACCGCGUUUAACCCUGUUAACGAUUGGUCUAACUUCUGCGUACAUUCAUGUUAAUUUCACUCGUUCUGCUUAAUAUAGAGAACACAUUUUGCACUGGUUAUUGCGGACACAUGACUGCGGUGAAUAUUCAAGAUACAUUUGUCUAUUCAAUUAGCGGAUGGCGUAGACAAAGCAAGUAUUAAUGCUAUAGCAACGCUGGUUAAGAUAGAUGUUCAAUAUUGGAUAUUGAAUUGGCAAGUUACAGAUUAAGUUUCAGAUUCAAUCUUGAUGUAUUUAUUGCUUUUGGUAUUGAAUUAAGUGAUCAUUUAAUUUUGUGAGUUUUGCUCGAUCAGCUUAUUAAGACAAGUCGCGACGCUUUUCAUGUCCUAAAAAUUACACCGGUAUUAAUAUUCAGUAUUAAUAGUACACAAAUAUUCGUCCGCAAAUCGGCAGAAAAUACACUUAAAAUUUACUUAAAAAGUCAUAUAAUUAAAAAUACAAACAAUAUUUUGCGCAAUGAAAAUGAAGUUCCUUGUCCCAGGGCAUUUUGUUGAUUGAAGCAUAUUAAGAUAAGUGAGGUCGUGACUCCCUCACACAAGUGUCCCAUGCACGGGCUAUCUACUAAACACAACUAUCAAGCAACGCGUAAUGACUGUUUACAUUACCGCGACUGUGUUUGGAUCGAAAACACAAUCUCAAAUCUUUCAUUCAUCUCCCAAAAUGCACGGGAAAAUCGCGUUUGUUCUAUUGUGCAGUUUUUUGUGUGGAGUGCGCUGUGGUAACACAAGAAGAGAGCAACUAUGCAUCGAUUAUUACAUCAACGGGAACUUCGAUUUGAACGAAAUGCCGGCGAAAAUGUUUGCCGUGUAUUACUGGCCGCCGAACCAAAGGCAGCGGGAUUCCUGUGAAACUAUCAGCUUUACAAGGAUGACAGAUCCCGUCGAGAUAAAUAAAACUUUUGAUUGUGAUAUCUUUGAUGAGACCGACAACAUGACAAGCGUCCAAGCAGAGUACAUCAACAGUGCGGGGAAGAAAACACGCUUACUGUACUACGGUGAUGACGAAGUGAAAAACAUGUACCGGGCUUGUGACAAACCGAUAUCGAAGUACAUAUUUGUAAAGAAAAAUGAAAACUACACUUUGGGAAUCAACUGUUCGGCGCGCGGCCGUGGGAUGCUGUUCGCCAAGUUCCUGCCAACAUCGUCUGAAGUGGAAGCUGUAGUCAAAGAUAUAGAAAUAAUGUCAGGGCGCGAGGGCAGCCCGGACUGCCCGCUUAAACCUUAGACAUGACAAAAUAAUGUGACUAAAAUGCAAAAACUUUUUAGAUAUUAAAAUGACGUGACCGCUAUCA